AUGUCUUCAUUAGUAUCCCGAGUGUGUACAUAUCUGAGCCAAGUGACCAGCGGCAUCCCGUACAUCGCCUUCACGGUCUCCUUCGGCCUGAUGGUCGACAUGGCCAGCUUCGGCCUGCUCGUCCCCGUCCUGCCCUACCGGCUGGAGGCCAUCGGCUACGCCGAAGUUGCCGCCAGCACCUCCUACCUCAUCGCCGCAUUCGCAUUCGGACUCAUCGUCUCCUCGAUCCCCAUCAGUAUCCUCGGCGAGAUGGUCAAGUCCAGGAAGCUGCCCCUCCUGGCAGGCCUCACAUGCUUAGCCGCAAGCCUGGCCGCCUUCUGGCUCUCCUCCUCCUUCGCCGUCCUCGUCAUUUCGCGGAUCAUCCAGGGCUUCAGCGGCACGGCCAUCUGGACUCUCGGCCUGGCCUUGAUCUGCGACGUGGUCCCGGAGGCCCGGAUCGGCGUCGUGAUGGGAUACGUCUUGAUCGGCUGGUCGAUCGGCACGGUCGCCGGCCCCUUGAUCGGCGGCUUGCUCUACGACUCGUACGGCUACGACGCCAUCUUCAUCUUCGCCCUCUCCAUGACUGCCGUCGACUUCGUCCUCCGCUCGCUCGUCCAGGACAAGAAAUGCAUCCAGAACAUCGCCGCCCCAGCGCCCCUCGAUGCCGAGCUCGACGCCGAAAAGCCCGCCGAGUGCGCUGGAGAUGCGCGCCCAAAGCCUGCUUCAGCGGCCCGAGCCGUGCUCUCCUUGUUGACGAACCCGCGCGUGCUGACGCUAUUCGCACUGACCCUAGUCAUCGGCUUUGCGUUCGGCGGGCUUCUGGACACGGGGCUAGCGAUGCUAGUCAAGCACCGGUACGGGCUCAGCUCGCACGGUGCCGCGCUGAUGUUCAUUGCCGUCGUCGUCCCCUCGGUCGUCUCGAGCCCGAUCGCCGGCCACUUGGCCGACAAGAUCGGCGCCAAGACCCCCGUCGUCUCGCUCCUCCUCCUCGGCACCCCGUUCUUCGGCCUCAUGAGCAUCAACGCUUCUCUCCCCGCAUUGGUCACCUUCAUCGCUUUCGCUGGUAUCUUCAUGCUCGCACUUGCUGCGCCACUCAUGCAAGAUCUGGCCGAAGUCGUCAAGGUGACCCCAGGAUUAGGUUUCGCCCACGUCUACGGCAUCUUCAACAUGGUGUACUCGACGGGCGCGAUGAUUGGAUCGCUCUGCGUUGGAGGACUUCUGCAAGGCCUGGGUAUCGAGAGCGGGUGGCAAGUGAUGUGUCUGCUCAUCACCGGCCUGUUCGCCGCGUCCGUCGUGCCUGCCUGGCUGUUCAUCGGCGGGCCCCGGGCGACGCGCGCCGAGGAGGCCGCCUCGCCCGUCUAA